AUGCGCGAGACCAAUCGGACACUACAGCUGAAACUUAGAGACAUCGAAGUGGAUAACGACGACUAUGAGCGCCAGGCUCGUAACACAACAUCAUCACUCGAGGAACUCGAAUCGAAGUACAAUGUCGCAAUCGAGAGAGGCGUUCUCAUGGAGGAGGAAAUGCGCGCUGGCGAACAGGAGCGAGAAGACUUGCGCAUACAAACACAACGAUUGCGUGAUGAAUUGUCAGACCUUCGCAUCGAGGCAGAUAUCACUCGCGAGAAGCUGCGCCUCUCUGAAUCAGGAGCUCGUCGCUACCGGGACCUGACUCCAGUACGACGUCCAUCUGGGUUGAACACCCGCUCACCAACUUCAUCGCGUACUGCUGCCUCGUCACCCACCGUUUCCACUCCUCCGCCGGUCAGAUCCGAGAUUUCCACACUCUCAGAUACUCCUACACCACCUUCUCCACCGCUCUCGGACGCAUCUGGAAACCCAAUGUCCAAGAUGCUUCCUCCUCCCAAGAAGAACCCACUCGUACAAGAAUCGACUUCGACUCCUCGUGCCAAUCUCAACGUCAAUACCCUCAAACCUGCACGACACUCACGCGGUCCAUCAUAUGCGACUACCACAACUCCUUCAGGAAAACGACGCACAACUCUUCAAUCGAGACCUAGUGUUGGCUCAGAAGGCGUACCGAGAUCGAGUUCUUUGUAUCAGAUCAAGGGCUUGAUUGGCAGAAUGCAGAAGAUCGAGGAAAGAGUACAUUCAGUACGCUCGAAAUUGCCGCCUCCGAGCGCAAACACUCCGAGAGGAGCAGUCACACCGAAGGGAUCACCACGGAUCGGCGCGCUCACCGGCGGCUCGUUCAUGUCCAAUAGUGUUACUGUUAGAAACAGGAACAAGCGCACAAGUAACAGCACAAGCUCAUCCACAAGGCAAGAAGAUAGCCACUUACCUCCACCCACACCGAGAUCGACGAGUUCAAGUCUGCACGUCAAAACAUUGUCUUUCGGCGGUCAACGACCACAUCCACUGGAAAGAUCCAGUACAUCAAUAACAUCAACCUCUACCGUCAACAGAGAUCUUAGCCGCCCGAGCAGCCGGGCCAACAACGUAGCGGAGACAGGCUCAUUCGCUCGGCCGCCUUCCCGAUCGAGUAACGGACCAUACGGUCAAUCGCAGACUACAGUGCUCCCUUCAAGGCCUCGCACUUCAAUGGGAGGAACUUUUGCAUCAUCACAGCGCAGCCGGGUGCACCGUCAGUCCAACAGCCUAUCCGAGGCGAGAGAUACCGAAGAAAUAGCCACACCUACAAUCAAGAGGACAGUAACCGCAAUUGGCGGAAGCGGGAUUCCAACACCAGGUUUGAAACGGCAAAGUGGAGGAGGAUUCGGGAAUAGCGUUUCUGGCCGCCGGUCAAGCCUUGCGCCCAGCCAGCAAUCGCAACACUCAGACAAGUCAUCGCGCAAGCUGAGUGACCUGGGAGAAACAUUCUAG